AAAUGACCAUGCAUGUGACACGUGUGGGAAAACCUUCUUAUAUCACUCCUUCCUUACACGUCAUAUGAGAACUCACACUGGGGCUAGAACCUCUCAAUGUCAGGAGUGUGGGAGAGCCUUCGGGUAUAAGUCAAGCCUGCAAAAACAUGUGCGGACCCAUGCUCGGGAGAAACCCUAUAAAUAUCAGCCGUGUGGGAAAGCCUUCCCUGGUCAGCACACCUUCCUUGUACCUGGGAGAACACCUACAGGGAAUGGAUCCUGGGAAUGUAAAGAAUGUGGGACAACUUUCAAGAUACGUCUACAUUUUGAAUGUCACAUGACCACACACAAUGUAGUGAAACCCUAUGAAUGUGGGGAGUGUGGCAAAGCUUUCAGGCAUCACCCAAACCUGCGAGUACAUAUGAGGACACACACUGGGGAAAGACCCUAUGAAUGUAAGGAAUGUGGGAAAUCUUUCCAGAGGUAUGGUCAUAUUAAACGUCACAUGACCACUCACAGUACAUUGAAAACCUAUGAAUGUAAGGAGUGUCGCAGAUCCUUUCGGGAUCAAUCAUACCUGCAAGUACAUAUGAGGACGCACACUGGGGAAAGGCCCUUUGAAUGUCAGCAGUGUGGAAGAGCCUUCCGGAAUCACACAGACCUGCGAGUGCAUAUGAGGAGACACACUGGAGAAAGACCGUAUGGAUGUCAGCAAUGUGGGAAAACCUUCAGAUAUCAUUGGAAUCUGCGAAAUCAUGUGAAGAUACACACGGAGGAGAGACCCUAUGAAUGUCAAGAGUGUGGGAAAACGUUCAGGUAUAAGUCAUGCCUGCGAGAACAUAUGAGGACGCACACUGGGGAAAGACCGUAUGAAUGUCAGGUGUGUAGGAAAACCUUCAGAUAUCAUUGGAAUCUGCGAGAACAUGUGACAAUACACACAGGGGAGAGACCCUAUGAAUGUCAGGUGUGUGGGAAAACCUUCAGGUAUAACUCAUGCCUACGAGACCAUGUGAGGACACACACUGGCGAGCAACGCUAUAAAUGUGUGCAUUGUGGAAAAGCCUUCAGUCGUAAGUGCACCCUUGUACUACAUACUGUGAGAAAUCACGCAGGGGUGGAAACUUGGAAUGUAAGGAAUGAGGGGAAGCUUUCAGGAAACAUCGACCUCUGAACAUUACAGGACCACACACAAGGUAGUGAAACCCUAUUAAUGUCAGGAAUGUAUCAGAGCCUUCAUGUGUCACACUGAUCUAUGGAUACAUACGCAGACACACACUGGGGAAAAACCCUGUAAAUGUCAACACUGUGGGAAAGCCUUCACAUCUCCUUGAAACUUGGGAGCACAUAUGAGGACACAUGCUUGGGAGAGAUCCUAGGAGUGUUAGCAGUGUGGGAAUACCUUCAGGUGCCCAUCACUGUGGAAGUACACAUACGGACACAUGUUGGGGAGAGACCUUUUGAGUAUAUAGAGUGUGGGAAAGUUGUCAGUUAGCUGCAAAAUGUUCAAGGUCAUUUGAAAACACACAGCGCAACUAAACCCUAUGAAUGCAAGAGGUGUGGGAAGGCAUACAAGUUCUUCUCAUCUCCUCAAGUGCAUAUGAAGAAACACCCUGGGGAGAGAUCUUGACAAAUCACCGAUCCCUUCAAGAACACACCAGGCUGCACAGUGGACAGUAAGCCUUUGUAUGUAAGGACUCUGGUAAGACCUUCAAGUGUCCCAGAGACCUGCAUGUACAUGUGAUGACCCUCAGUGGGCAGAACCUUACGAAUGACUGCUCUGUGGGAAAGCCUUCAAUUGUCCCUCUUCCCUUCAAGGACACACAUAAACUUAAGCACCAUGGAAAAGCCUUCAGGUAUCCCAGGAAUCUGUGAGCAUAGACACACUGUGGCAUAGCAUUUAUCCUCCUUUAAAUUCUUAUUGAAAAUGUGAGCCAGUACAAUGGAGAUGAUCCUGAAUGGACACAAUUUUGGGAAAACUUCAGGUAUAGAACUUCAUGUAUUUUGUUCAUGAAAAUUCAGGUGGGAGAGAAAUAUUUUCAUUGUUGUGAUUAUGGUUUUGAGUUUCCAGGUGCCUCUUCCUUGAUUGGGACCCUAAGUGUAUGAAUUCCUAGUUCGUGUCACUGAUAUGAACACUGAUGGUUUUAGGUGGCCUUCUUUGUCCUCUACAUCUGUGUGACCUAGAUGUUGUUACCUCAGACUUGAAGUAAUCACACGGUUAUGUACCAUAUGUCUCUUUCCCAUUACAAUGUCUUUUGGACUGGAUGUGAUAAAAAGGUGUCUGUUGUUGGUGUGUACAUACAACUUUAUAUACUUCUACAAAAAAAAAAUGUCUUGAAUUAUACAUUCCAAAAAGUUCCUGUUAAAUUAUCAUGACAUGAGACCCCUCAUUGUUGAAAGUUAUUUUCUGUCCUCUGUUGUGAUACCGGAAUAAUCUGGUUUUGUGUCUGCUCUUCUUUUCAGUCUUUAUUAAUGAAAGAUACAUUUUCACAUCACUUCUCUUUUUCUUCAGUUUAAAAAUAUUUUUUAAAAUGUUUAUUUUAGAGAGAGAGAGAGAGAGAGAGAGAGAGUGAACAAGUGGGGGAGAGGCAGAAAGAGUGGGAGACCCAGAAUCCAAAGCAGGCUCCAGGCUCUAAGCUGACAGCACAGAAUCCAAUGCAGGACUCAAAUCUAUGAACUGUGAGAUCUUGAUCUGACCCAAGUCAGACACUUAACCAUCUGAGCCACCCAGGUACCCAUUUUUCAUGAAGUUUAAAAUUAUGAUAUUGGUUUAGCUUUACUGGGACUAAUUAUUGGUGUCUUUGGUUGAUUUUGUUGUAAAUUAUGACUUUGAAGGACAUCCCUUUGGACCAUGACUCAGUUUUGCCUUUUUGUUUCCAUGAGCAGUGACUGGAGUGGAAAUACAAGUGGGAUGCUUUCCUCUUUCCCCCAGGAGGUAAAGUCUGUUGUGGGGUGGGGAUGGGUGUCCAUCUUCCUGUCAAAUCCCUGUCUCCAGAUUUCCCUGUGAUCAGCUGAAUCCUACCUGGUGAAAGGAGGGAGGACCACCACGUCCAGGGGUAGUAAAUCUUGGAAUGGAGAUCAGGGGGCUCACCAUGGUCCUGGUAGGUAAACUCAAAUCGAACUAGGCUGAGGACACUUUAGUGCAAAGUGCUAACAAGAACCAGGUGUAGUCUCAGAUAUCCUCCAGCAUCUUCCGUGAAAUGGAACCAGGCUUUGCUUUUUUGUGUGACAGAGAUGGAGCAAGAAAGCCCACUGUCUGGGUCCAGCCCCUGUGGUGAAGGACAGAUUUGUUGGCUCAGUUCCCCAUGGCCUUGUUCCUCAGCUCAUGGAUGCUCAGAGUGUGGGCCACCCACAGUUCAGGGGCCUGUGGAGAGGACAGUGGCCUGGGUAAAGUUUGGGUAGGAAAGGGGUGUUGUUGGGCAGUGUCAAAUGAAGAAUCCGAAUUGAGUAAGGAGAGUCCUGUAUUGAGCAGAAUGAUUGCAUAGCCUGGGUGGGGGGAUAGGCACUGUUGCACUGGGGGCAGGGGCCGUGUAGUGGGAGCAGAGUUGCUGUUGUAUUAGAGGCAGUGACUACAUCAGUGGGGAGAACACAGUGAUCAUAAGACCUGCAGGUGUCUGAAGGCAGGAAAGGAGUAAACAAACCGGGCAUAAGAAGGUGUGGUGCUGACAUGGUGGUUCCCUGAGGCCAGCCUGUCCUCCUGUCCCCCAGGAGGGGCUGUGUGUGGCUCAGUCUGAGAGCAAGCCCAUGUUAAGGGUCUGGAGGAAGGAGAAAAGCCAAACCAAAGUGGGACUAGCCAGCUUUUGUGCCCCUGUUCAGUGGGACGAACAGCUGAGCUAAUCAUGGAUGAGCCACAAUGUGUGGACUUGGGAGGUCUACACCUGGUCCUAUCAUGGCUGAACAGGGGGACUUCCUGUGAGUCUUCUCCUGGUCUGAUGGGGGAGGGGCCCUCGUACAUCCUGCUGUUUUCCAGACCCAAACAGGGUGGGGGAGGGAGUGCCUUUCCCUUCCACUGAGGUUUUCCAGGGAGAACAGGGCUCAGGUAGGCAUCUGCAGGUCACCUGUCACCUGUCACCUGUGAGCAGGACCUGUCACCCUGUCCAGCUCAGCACGGAUGGCUCUGUCCUCUGCCAGCCUCGCGUUGAGCAGGUGUAAAAUGCCCGAGUUCUUUCUGCCUCCUUUCUUCCCCUUCAGGGCAGAGGGUGGUAAGUGUGUCAGGUCGUUCCUGUCCCUGCUGACCCGGGUUACUGGGGGCUUUAUCCAGAGAGCGUCCCCUGGGGAAAAGUGUCUCAGGACAGAACUGUCCUUCUCCAUGAGGGUUGGGGGCUCCACGCCUUCAUGCUGUGGUGACUCCAGUGUUCACAAG